AUGACGGGAAUGGACGUCUUGGGUUUGAGUAUUUCAGACCCAGGUCAACAGAAGACGACCAUUGUUCACCCGUAUUCGACCUCUACCGGGUCGUCUGCUUCGUCUUCCUCUUCCUCUAUCUUUUCCUUGGACGGCAUCUCUUCUCAGAGCUCGAUUGCCUCGUCAACAACGAGCGCUGCCGACGUCAUCUGGGAGAAUGAAGAAUCUUCUGCCCGAGGUUUGCCCUCCCAUUCUGAAAAUGCCUCUCACUGUUUGCCUGCUGGCCUGAGAGGAUGUCCCUCGAAAGCCACCGAUGCUGCCCUGCCCGCCGAGUUGCGAAAGCACCCUCGACGCACCGGAAGCUCGGCUGUCUCGUCAAAUGGUCCUUCGGCCACAUGCUCCCGACUCCCACCCCCCCUCGUUCGCCAGUGCGAACGAAAGGUUUCUUUCGUCGACAAUCUUGUUGACUCUGCCUCACAGAUUGUUGAGACAAUUUGGCCGCUAUCGGUCGUUGCUCUUCGGAGUGAUUCUUCACUUGGCUGUAAGGGUGUCUUGCCUCUUCGCCAUUUCAUUCAAGAAACUCUACGGAGAUCUCGUACUAGCUAUAGUACCCUACAGGUCGCCCUGUAUUAUCUGAUCAAGAUUCGCCCUCACGUACCCAACCAUGAUUUUACCAUGGAGCAGCCCUGUGAUCGGUCUGUGCCUCGAGCAAUGCAAUGUGGCCGCCGUAUGUUCCUCGCCGCUUUGAUUCUUGCGUCGAAAUACCUGCAAGACCGAAACUACUCGGCCCGUGCUUGGAGCAAGAUUUCCGGUCUCAAGACCUGUGAAAUCAACCAAAACGAAAUGAUGUUCCUACAAGCUGUUGACUGGAAGCUUCACGUCCCCGAAGCCAUUUAUCAUCGAUGGACGGAUAUUGUCCUGAAAUACACCCCUGGCCCAGCCACGUCUCACCCGUCAGAAGACUGCUGGCGGACAGUUGUGUCUAAACUAACGCCGGAUCUCGACACCAUCCCCGUCGAUGUCUCAAGCCCUCGUAGCUCCGUUGCGAUGGACACGUUGGUUGACCUUCCCUCACCCCAACGGUGCACCGGAUGGGAUGCCAGCGUUGUUCCCCCAACCGCCUCGAGCGAGCCGAAGCCACCAUGUCCCCGCAGCAACCCUCCUUUGACACUUGAGCCUACUCCUCGCAUAGAUUCCUCGAACCCAACGUUGCCAACACUUCAAAAGCUUGGACUUCUCCCUACGCCCCAGUUAACACCUCAAUCUAGUACUGCCUCUACUCCUGCUGUGAGUGCCGGUGGUAUUUGUUCUAGGCGACCUUCGAUAGGCACGGUGAUGUCACAGGCCCAGAGCCUGGGCAUCGCCCGCCUCGCCCUGGACCCGCGUCCAUGCAGCAAGCCUGCAUGCGCGGAUGGAUUCCCGAUCUUGACUCGUCGCUCCUCCCUCGCGCGAUCAACUUCGUCUGCUUCAUCGCCCGAGUCAAUGAUCUCUGAUGUCUCGACAAUCUCGUCUCGUUCUUCGAGGUCUUCCUCGAUUUCGUCUUGUGCGUCCGCGACUUGCGCGCCCACACGGCUUAGAAUGGCCGUUGCGGCGACUCGACGCUGCGCUGCGAAAUCACUCAAGGAAAGCCGGAAGAACCUGGCGAUUCAGUCACCGAUUGAUGAGAUGUCAUUGGUGGGUGUUUACCAAUCGCCCGAAGCCGAUGCUGGAUCUUGCGGAUCAGUUCCUGACCUCUCCAAUUUCUCUAUCAACACGCCUGUUGAUAUGACUGCGCACGAGGCCGCACAGGGUCUGUGUGAACUGUCUGGCGCUAUGCCACCAGUCCAGCCUGCACCGCAGAAAGUCGGUGAAACGACACGGUGCAGGAAACGGGGCAGGACAUACUCGGAGGAUCAGAUUCUUCAAAACAACGUCCGCCAAAUGAUGACGACGGGUCGUGACGAACAGAUGGUGCUACCUGACAGCCAGAUGGCGAAUUCUUUUCUGCUUCCUGAAGCCAAGAGCUUGCAACAGCCAUUUGGCUGUGGCUUGAGCUCGAUGAAGCUCCCGAUUCCUGUCGCUAUACCAAAUGGCGGCAUCAAGCGAGCAUGCUGCAGCGCUGAAGCCCGUAGCCGAUUUGUUCGCCCUGGCCAGACAGCAUACGCAGAACAGUAA